GCAGAAACAUACGGAACCUCACCAAGCACCGGUAGGAAUAAUUUUACGCGCAUGAUGCAUCUUACCAUAGAUGCAUUCACGCUCUGUAUGUCAUCACUUUGCAUCGCCAUUGCUACUAAUUACUAGCUAUCUAUAAAUAUGACGAUCUCGGUAAAACGCCAGUCCUAGUCGAACAUGCUUUGGCGACUCUUCGUGUGUCUGAUAUUAGGCGGUUUUAUCGCCAGUUGUUCUUGCGAGCCCGUGAACAGAAAACUUCUGCAAACUUCGGACGUAGACGAGUGUGCCGGCAAUGAGGGUGACAUAUCCACGUGUAACAUCAACAGAACAGCAAUUGCUUCUUCGUCUAAUCGCAGGGACCAAACGCGGAUCGGUAGAAAGAAACAUUUUACUGACAAUGAAGAGAUAAGUGAAGUUUCUGCUCGUGGCAAAAAGAAUAAAAAAGGUUAUGGCAGAAUAAUAUUCUUGAUGAUUGCGGCUAUGAAGGGAGCAUUAAUUUAUGGACUUUUACAUGGAGUCGCAGCUCUUGCAGGAAAGGCAGUGUUGGUUGCCAAAAUAGCUUUAGCGAUUGCCAUUGCUGCACUUAUAAAAAAGAAUGGUCAUGAAAGUGUCUCUUAUGAAAUAGUAAAGCAUCCACAUACUAGUUACGUACAAACUCAUAGUUCAAGUAUCGAUUACGAUCAUCGUAGUGACUACGGAGAAGAGUUGGACUAUAAUCAUCGAAAUCGAAAGCGACGACAUUUCUUUGACAGAGAUAAAUCUCAAGUAUCUUAAUAACUAAUAACCGACAUAUAAAAUAUAUAUAAAUUAUUUUUAAAGUUAUUUAUAAAGCGUACUGUGUUUUACUAAAGUGUUUGAUGUUAGAAAAAAAGUUACCAAUGUAAAUGUAUUUAAUUCUUGUAGAACACCGUUUAUACAGAUGCAUCCAUCUAUAAGUCUUUUUCGUUGUAUAACUAUGCGUGAAAAACAUUUUCAAAUCUUAUACAAUUUGCAUGCAUUAAAAUAUUUACAUAGUUUAAAAACAUAUAAAUAGUAAAACCUAUAUAUUAAAAUUAUAAAAGAUUUGAAAGUGUAAUAUAUUCAUAAUAUGAUUACGUUCUAAGAUAAAUAUGUUGAACACAAAUAGAUUCAAUUUCAAGCUACAUCUUAUAUUGUAAAAAGAUUUGUCACUACAUCAAACAUUCAAAAUUAUGCAAUAUCAUUAGUGUGUAAGCUUGCAAAUACGGGUAAUAAUAAAUCAUUCACUAAUAUCCUCCCGGUACAUAUUUUAUUUCUCUUUGUACAAAAUAUAUUUCGAGGAUUUUUAACUGAUUAAUUUUAUAACUGGUAAUAUUUAGAUAUAAUACAGAGUAGUUUUUAUUUUACAAAAUUGUGUAUAUA